UUUGUUUGAGAACAGCGUAGAGGAGAGGUUGGAGUCAGAACGGAUUCGGAAGGACGAGGUGCGCUUUAUUUUACUAUGUUGGACCUGGCGUUUUGAUCUGAAAGCUUUGCACCGCAAUCUUUUUAGUUAUAGAUGCUCGUUGUUUUUUCAUCUAAACAUGGGGAGUAAAUCACUCGGACAAAAUACUAUCUUUGUUCGGUCUGUUUUCUAUUGGUCCCUUCUAUUGCUAUUUUUCCAAGAAAAGGCUUUAGCUCAGUUAAGAUACUCUAUUCCAGAAGAGGUAAAACAUGGAACUGUCGUUGGGAAUAUUGCAAAGGAUCUUGGCAUUGACAUUGCGUCUUUGAUUGAUCGCCGCUUUCGAAUUGUGUCGACUUCUAUGGAUUCUCUUUUUGGCGUGAAUCAGAACAAUGGAGACUUGAUCGUGAAUGGAAAAAUUGACAGAGAAGAAAUGUGCAGUGAGGACAGCGCUUGUCUUUUGGAGCUAAAGAUUGUAGUUGAAAAUCCACUUGAAAUCCAUUAUCUGGUCAUAGGAAUUGCUGAUGUUAAUGAUAACUCCCCUCGUUUUCCUGAAAAGGAGCAAACGUUUGAAAUAGCAGAACAUACGGCCCCGGGAAUGAGAUUUAAACUCCAAGCUGCUCGUGACCCUGACGCCGGAAUAAACUCAGUUCGCGAAUAUACAUUAACGUCUAACGAUCACUUUGAAAUAGAUGUGCGGCAAAGUGAUGACGAUAAAAUUCCAUUCUUAGUUUUGAAGAAGGCGUUAGACAGAGAGCAAAUGAGCGAACACAUGCUGGUUUUAACAGCAAUAGAUGGAGGUAAGCCUCGCAGAUCAGGUACUCUGAAUGUUUCAAUCAUUGUUCUUGACAGUAAUGAUAACCGCCCAGUUUUCAGUCAGGAUACCUACCAUGUUACAAUUCGAGAAAAUGUUCCAAUUGCUACUGAGGUUAUAAAAGUAACAGCAGCAGACAAAGAUGAAGGAGUUAAUGGUGAGAUUGAGUAUAGCCUUGGAAAAACAUUGAACAAAAAUAUCUAUGAUUUAUUUGAAUUGAAUAGCAAGAGUGGGGAAAUUAAAGUGAAAGGAGGAGUGGAUUUUGAAAAAGCAGUGGUCUACAAGAUCGACGUGCAAGCCUCAGAUAGAGGGAUGCCACCUCUAUCAGCCGAGUGCAGGGUCAUCAUAAAGAUACAAGACCUGAAUGAUAACCCACCAACUAUAGAAGUUACAUCUCUCUCAAACACAGUGCCAGAAGACACCAAACCUGGCACAGGUAUCUCUUUGAUUAGCGUGUCAGACAAGGACUCAGGUGUCAACGGGAAAAUCAUAUUAAGCCUCACCAAAGAUCUUCCCUUUGAACUGAAACCCACCUACAAAGACAACGUCUAUUCCGUUGUCACUAAGGGCUUGCUGGAUCGAGAGACGGUGUCUCAUUAUGAUAUAACGAUCACCGCUACAGACUGUGGGGAACCUCCGUUAUUAACCUCCAAGACCCUCGGGGUUCAGAUAGCGGAUGUGAAUGAUAACAGUCCGUAUUUCCUAAAGAAUCCAGUAGAGUUGUAUCUAGUAGAGAACAAUGCAGUGUUAGCCUCCAUAUUCUCAGUGAGCGCUUCUGACCGGGAUCUGAAUGAAAACGCAGCCAUAACGUAUCAUAUUCUCAGACAAGGGGGUCCCAAAGAUAUGGCCUCCUUCCUCAAUGUGAACUCAGAUAACGGACAGAUUUCUGCACUGAAAACAUUUGACUUUGAGUCUCUAAAAACAUUCACAUUUAAAAUAGUGGCCUCUGACUCUGGAACGCCGGCAUUGAGUAGCAACGUGACGGUGAACGUGUUUCUUCUGGACCAGAACGACAACCCUCCAGUUAUCUUACAUCCGGUCAGCUCUAACGGUUCUGCUGAAGGAGUAGAGGAGGUUCCUCGCAAUGUUCCUGCAGGCCACCUGGUGACUAAAGUGAGAGCCUACGAUGCUGAUAUAGGAUACAACGGCUGGCUGUUAUUCUCACUACAGGAAGUGAGUGACCACAGUCUCUUUGGUUUGGACCGCUAUACUGGACGGAUAAGAACACUGCGCUCCUUCACAGAGACAGACGAGGCUCAACAUAAAUUGGUCAUACUGGUCAAAGACAAUGGGAACGUGUCACUCUCAGCAACAGCUACUGUGGUUGUCCAGCUGGUGGAGCCCAAAGAGGCCAUUUCAGCUUCUGAUGUGAAAAGUGCAGCGACUGACAUUGGGGAUAGUGGCGUGACAUUUUAUUUAAUGAUAACUCUGGCUUCAGUUUCAACUCUUUUUCUCAUCAGUAUCAUUGUGCUGAUUGCAAUGCAGUGCUCUAAAACCACGGACGUAUCCUCCAAGUAUUUACCUGAAACAAACUAUGAUGGAACUCUGUGUCACAGCAUCCAGUACAGAUCUGGAGAGAAACGCUACAUGUUAGUUGGACCCAGAAUGAGUAUAGGAUCUACUAUAGUCCCGGGGAGCAAUGGGAACACUCUAGUGGUCCCUGACAGGAGGAGUACAUCUGCAGAGGUAAGAUUAACUUCAGUCUUUAGUGUUUUACUUUUGCCAGGAAAGUACCCUUCGGCGUCUUCUGCCGACGGCAUGGGGGGUGCCUCACUACGUCUCUAA